CUGGACUUCAAAGUUGCAGAGAUCGCACUCGAAGCUGCAAUGACCAAGGAUCAGACAAACUGGCUGCUUGAUCUUGUACAUCAAUCCACCAGUGGCAAGGAUACAUUUACAUUGAAAAGUCACAAUGAGGUUCGCUCACUGUGGGAAAUGGCUUCGCAGCAGUAUACACCAUUUCGAAAGGAUGUAGUAUCUGUUAAGCACCAGGAUGAAACACACAAAUUUGACAUGCAUUACCGCCCUUUGUGGGACUGGGCACUUGAUUUGUUGCAAGAUAGUCGCCUUGCACCACACUUUGUAUUUGACACGCAACAUCUUACUAAAUUCAAUGGAGAACAGUGUGUUUGCUUCAUAGACGAACCAUGGACUGCUGAUGCCUUCUGGGAUGCACAAGUAUGUCUUGCAGCCUCUGAUUUAUCUAUCUGA